UGAAAAAGCAACUCAAGAACCCUGCAGAAGAGAAGAAACUCCUACAGAAAGGAGCUCAACCAUGCCGUCGGCGCCAUCGAAUCCUCGUCCUCAGCCACCACAACCGAAAAAGGACCCCCUCUACGACUGCGGAGGUUGUGGGGAGGAAGUCCCUUUGAGGCCUGGGGAUAAAGUUGAAUGCCCCUAUUGCAACUACCCAGUUCUAUUCAAGCAGCGUACUCGUCGCAUUGUGGAGUUUCAGGCACGUUUAACAAGAGAAGUUUCAUGAUGUAUGAGCGUGGAAUUGAAUAUAACAUGGGAUCUAAUGUAUAGAAAACAAUUGUGGCUGCUUCUGCUUGGCUUAUUUGUUUUCAGAUUGUUCCAAUGUCUCUGUUUUCUUUUGAAGCAUGUGAUUAUGUGACAGUUUGACCUUAUUGGUUUCAUGGAGCUAAUCAGCAGAUUUGCAGCAUGGCCGGUCUUAUCUCUUUUACCUAAAGCAUGGUGUGUAGCAGUUAGGCAGAUUUGUCCGUAGCAGUUAGCAUAGCAGUUAGCAAUUGUGUAUAAUUGUGGUGUUGGUUUGUGUUUAAAUAGCUUUGUAACACUUCACUCAUUUUCAUCAAUACAAUCAGAAAGAGAGAAAAUUGCUCCAAACCACUGUGUUGAUGUUUUUGUUUUUCUACAUGGUAUCGAAGCAGGAUCAUUAGGUCCUGCUUCUGUGUUCUUCUCUAGUUGAAAUUACUCUUGUCGUUGCUUUGGUUUAUUCUUAACCUGCUGAGAUGGCAGAGGAAGCUUCCUCUAAUGUCAAUCCAUUUGGAUCUGUGACAAAUUCUGUGUCCAGUCCUGGAGAGACAGACAUGAACUCAAAUCUUCGUUUGAGUUCAGUUCUUUUGAAUGAGUUUAAUUAUCUUCCGUGGUCUAGAGCUGUAACCUUGGCUUUAGGAGGGAGACAGAAGUUGGAGUUUAUUGAUGGCACGACUGAAGCUCCAGAAGUUGGUGCUCCCAACUAUCUACAUGGCUCAGCAAAGAUCAACUGGUUAGAGCCUGCAUCCUUAACUCUAUGGAGCCUAAGCUUGCAGAUAUUUUUCAGUAUUCUGCAUCUGCUUAUCUCAUGUGGAAAGAGAUAGAAGAUAUGUUUGGAAAUUUGAAUAAUGUCACUCGUGUGUUUCAACUGAAGAAGGAAGUUGCAAAUCUUGAGCAGGAAGGUAUGUCUUUUGUGCAAUAUCUUGGUAAUUUGACAAGAAUGUGGAAUGAGCUUGAUCUAUAUAGACCACAAACUUCUGAUCUUGCCAUUUUACGAAAGAGAGCUGAGGAAGACAAGAUCUUUUAGCUCCUUGCUAACCUCAGUUCUGAUUAUGAAGAUCUGAGGAGCCAUAUCCUCAUGAAUGCUGAACUUCCAUCCUACAGAACUAUUUGCAACAUUGUCCAGCAAGAGGAAACAAGGAGGAAGGUGAUGAAUUUGGAGGUUAAGUCUAUUACUGCAGAAUCCAGUGCUUAUGUCUCUAAAUACAAACAGGAGAGCUACAAAGGGAAGAAGGCUGAUGUUAAAUGCAGUCACUGUGGAGGUUCUCAUAUGAGAGAUAAGUGUUGGAUCUUGAUUCCCGAGCUCAAAGUCAAGUUUUUGAAAGAUAAGGAGAAGGAGUGGAACAAUAGUGGUCACAAGGCUAAUGUGACUAAUGUUUCAUCUUCAGCUUCUACUAGCUCAGGUAGCAGCAUUGACUUCACCAACAAUCCUUGUGCUCUUAUCAAAGACUUUGCAGUCUAUUUACAUAAGCAGAAGAAUGAUGAGGAUUCGGUUGUGAAGAACAUGAAUCACACUACCUUGUUAAGUAAGUUUGCUGGGUUUCUUGCAGAAGCUGAACAUAUGAAUAAGGAUGAUAUCUCAGACAAGUUGUGUGGGAACCCCUCAACAAAAUGAAAUUGCUGAGAGGAAGAAUCGAG